AUGACUAGCUCGUGUGCUGUGCAGGUGAAGCUGGAGCUGGGGCACCGCGCCCAGGUGAGGAAGAAACCCACCAUGGAGGGCUUCACCCAUGACUGGAUGGUGUUUAUGUGUGGCCCGGAGCACAGUAACAUACAACACUUUGUGGAGAAAGUCAUCUUCCACUUGCACGAAAGCUUUCGUAGGCCAAAAAGAGUGUGCGAAGAUCCACCUUACAAAGUAGAAGAAUCUGGGUAUGCUGGUUUCAUUUUGUCAAUUGAGGUUUAUUUUAAAAACAAGGAAGAACGGAAGAAAGUUCGCUUUGAUUAUGACUUAUUCUUGCAUCUUGAAGGCCAUCCACCAGUGAAUCACCUUCGUUGUGAAAAGAUAACUUUCAACAACCCCACAGAGGACUUUAGGAGAAAGUUGCUGACGGCAGGAGGGGACCCUAACAGUAGCGUUCAUACCAGCAGCAAUAGCAAAAGCAGCAGCAGCGGCGGUGGCAACAGUACCAGUUUUUCAAAGCCUCACAAAUUAAUGAAGGAGCACAAGGAAAAACCUUCUAAAGACUCCCGAGAAUAUAUGAGUGCCUUCAAAGAACCUUCCAGGGAUCACACCAAAUCUUCCAAAGAAUCUUCCCAGAAACCCAAAGAAUAUAAACCACUGAAAGAAGAAAAAAUUGUUCUGAAGAUGGCCUUCAAGGAACAGAAACCCAUGUCCAAGGAGCCCAAACCAAACAAUAACUUACUCACCAUCAGCAGUGGACAGCAAGAGAAAAAGGCUCCUAGUAAAAGGCCCCCCCUUUCAGAUUCUGAAGAACUCUCAGUGAAAAAAAGGAAAAAGAGUAGCUCAGAGGCUUUACUUAAAAGUUUCUCUAACGCGCCACCACUGAUACUUUGUUCUGCUGACAAAAAACACAUCAAAGAUAAAUCUCAUGUCAACAUGGGAAAAGUCAAAAUUGAAAGUGAGCCAUUAGAGAAGAAGAAAUCAACAUUACCACCCUUUGAUGAUAUAGUGGAUCCCAAUGAUUCCGACGCAGAGGAGAAUAUGUCCUCCAAAUCUGAUUCUGAGCAACCCAGUCCUGCCAGCUCCAGCUCCAGUUCCAGCUCCAGCUUCACACCAUCCCAGGCCAGGAAACAAGGUCCUUUAAGGUCUAUAAUGAAAGAUCUGCAUUCUGAUGACAAUGAGGAGGAAUCAGAUGAGGCAGAGGAGAAUGAUAAUGACUCUGAAAUGGAAAGGCCUGUAAAUAGAGGAGGCAGCCGUAGUUGCAGAGUUAGCUUGAGCGAUGGCAGAGACAGUGAAAGCAGUUCUGCUUCUUCAUCCCUACAUCAUGAACCCCCACCACCCUUACUAAAAACCGACAACAACCAGAUUCUUGAAGUGAAAAGUCCAAUAAAGCAAAGCAAAUCAGAUAAACAAAUAAAGAAUGGUGAAUGCGACAAGGCAUACCUAGAUGAACUGGCAGAACUCCACAGAAGGUUAAUGACGCUGAGGGAAAGACACAUUCUGCAGCAGAUUGUGAACCUUAUAGAAGAAACUGGACACUUUCAUAUCACAAACACAACAUUUGAUUUUGACCUUUGCUCGCUGGACAAAACCACAGUACGUAAACUACAGAGUUAUCUGGAAACAUCUGGAACAUCCUGAGGAUACAACAACUGGAUGCAUCAAAAAAACUAUUGUUUUGGUGGUUUGGUUUUUUGUUGUUGUUGUUGUUGUGAUUUUUUAAUUUGUUUAUAUGAAAACACUCAAUGUUGCAACCAAAAGGGAAAAAAAUAAAAAUCGAACAACUUUCAGCUUUAUUUUUCUUUAAAGCCAGUCAUCAUCUCUUGAUAAAGGAGAGGUUAAGCAAACCAGCCUCAGUGGACCACUUUUCUCUCCAAGGAAAUCCCCAGGAAUAGUUAUCCUGGAUAGCCU